AGCUUCUCUCUAGUUAAACUAACCAAACGAAGCACGCUAUGCUAUAGAUUGUCACUUGUAACGAUCGAAGAGUGGUUGAACAUCGAGGAGAGGUCGUGGAGGAUUUUACCAUCUAGCCACCAUCGCCGUUCGCCAAUUACACCAUGGCUGAUACCGAAAAGGCGCCGCAGCCGCAGCCCCAACAACAGCAACCAGAACAGCAAUCUCAGCCGCAACAACCUAAAACGGCUAAACAAAAGCAGGUCAUCGCUGAAAAGGUGUCGGGCACUGUGAAAUGGUUCAACGUUAAGAGUGGAUAUGGUUUCAUCAAUAGGAACGACACAAAGGAAGAUGUGUUUGUUCACCAGACUGCGAUCGCCCGCAAUAACCCACGCAAGGCUGUGCGCUCGGUUGGCGACGGAGAGGCGGUGGAGUUUGCCGUGGUCGCCGGGGAGAAAGGCUAUGAAGCAGCCGGAGUAACGGGCCCCGGUGGCGAGCCAGUAAAGGGCUCGCCCUAUGCAGCUGACAAACGCCGCGGCUUCCAACGCCAAUAUUACCCCCGUCAAGGCGGCGGACGUGGCGGUGAAGGCGCUCCACGUAGGGGUCGCUUGGGUCGUCGUGGGCCCCCGCCCAGCCAGGGGGGCGCACAGGGUGAUGAGGGUCAGGAGGGAAACGGAGCACCACCACAACGCAGGUUCCGUGGUGAAGAUACUGAGAUGAUUUAGGAUCAUGUGGUCUUCAGAGUAAAUGUCCUUGGUGUGGCUUAGCCCCCUAGGCAUAAUGUUCGUCGUACUAAAAUAACCACAGGAGAAAACAACCAAGGAGCAAACCAUCCAUCCUCAAAUGAAAGGCCUAUAAAGUUAAUUUUUAAAGAUGCCAUUAAAGCAAAACGUCCCUAAUAUAUCGUCAACCUUUUGUACCUAAUAUAUUUACUUUUGUUGUAAUCAAAUGUGAACAUAUUUACACUUUUUUCCAUAAUUACUUAUGAUCAGUUCUAUGCUAUCAAAAUGCUUAGUCUGAAAAUAAAACUGUUUCAAACACAUAAUUUUAUUUUUAAAAUUUACCUUGUAAUUUUAAUAUGUAAGUAUUGUGGUGGUGACCUCCAGCUAUUAGUUAGACUGCUUGAGAACUUUUCUUAGGACCUGGGUUAAUUCAGGUCAAUUAGAGUUUAAGUCAAAUCAAAUACAAUAAAUCUGCUGUCAGUAGUGGAUCAAAUUUGCCUUACACUGGUUUUUCUAGCACCCUGUAAAUUUUUGUUCAUAUUUAAAUUUUUUAGGUUUGCUUACCUGGUACUUUAGGAAAUAUACCAAUUGGGGCUAAAAAUUUGAUAACUUUGGCCUUUUCAGAUAGCCUUUAAAAAUCAAUAAUGAUAAAGAAAACAUAGAACCUGAUAACCAUGUACUUUUAAAGCCCCAUACACCUUACUGACACUCUCAAUGAGUGAGUCUGGGUUGUGCUUAGCCAGUUUAAUUAAAUCAUGAAAUACCAAUUUUUGGUUGGUUGUUUUGCUCCUGCAAUAUGGUUGUAUUAAGAUAUUUUAUUGGUAAACACAAUUUAAAGUUCAUGUCAUUUUUUCUAUGAUGGACAUUUUGCUAUGAAGACCACUUGAUCUCAGUGGAUGGAUGUUGGUCAUUUACAAAUUAUUUACUGGACAGCUAUUGUCAAAAAAUACUAACAAACACAAAAGGAAAACCAAAAUAGACAUUUAAAAUAGCCAAAAUAAGUGAUGCCAUUAAAACUAAAAAUGGCUCAAAAUAUUUUAACUCAGCACUUAACCUCACCCAGAACACUCAUUGCGAGUGCAAAUGAAACCAAAAUAAUAUAUCAAUUUAUAAAUAUAUCAUUAUCACAUGACUGCAAUACGGCCAUUCACCUUAAGAUACACAAUGGUGUGCAUAUGACUGGGAAUUAACCAAUGGCAUUGCGCAAAAUACAUCGUGUAUGUAUUACGAGCAAUGCCAUUGGUGAAUUCAUACUGCACGACUCUGGUUCUGUAAACGCAGCUUAAUAAGAGAUGACACUAUGUCAACUGGUGAAGCGUGAGUAGAUGUUAUUUGAACGAUGCUUCUCCAAUUCCUUAGAGCAGAUGAUCCUUGCAUUGAAAUCAAAACCUACCUUCACAAUACCAUGAAGCACAAAAAAGAAUAUUUAAAAGAAAAUAAAAACUGAUAUAAGUACAAGAAAUACUCUCCUGGUGAUAAAUGCACUUUUUUAACAUACCAUUUAUGUCUUAUUAAACUAUCUCAAAUGAGAGGAUCUUCUAACAUGCAUUUGUAAAAUUAAUGACUUGCUACAACAAUCUACAAUCACGCAAUCGGCACAUUGCUUACUCUUUUAAAAGACUGCCUAAGUUUUGCCUAAAUUAAUGCUGUUACAUUCCUUAUUCCUUCACUCUGAGAUUUUACACAGCAAAUCUGUACAUAGAAAAUCUUAUUUCAAACAAACCAAAGAAUAAUUAGUAAUUUAUAGAAAUUUUCCAGUAUUUGUAGCUUUCAUGAAAUGCAAGUCAAAUAAAUAAUAAUUAUAACUAGUAAAUAACCAACAUGUCAUGAUAAUCAAGUAAUUGAAUUAAAGGCAAUCUAGCCAUAUGUUUUGAGAAAACGGAGCAGCAAUGUACUAUCGCAGUUUAAUGACAAGCUAGAUUGUAAUACGGCUAAAUGUCCCCCAUUCAUUUAGCCAUAAUAUGUGUGUGUGUGGGUAUGAAUGGCAGUACUGACUGACACAAAAUAGAUAGUACAGAAGUCAAUCUAUGUACAAAGUGCGCUCGAGCAACGCACACCGAACCCACCCACGGAUACGAUAUCUCGGACCGGUUGGAACCAAUGCGAGCGCGAAGUUCCAUCCCCUUGAGUCAUGUGUCCGAGAACUUUUUGCGCAAAAAAUAAGUUAUUGUUGUAACUAUUCCAUGGGCGGUGGUUUAAAUUCAACAUUAAACAGUGAAAUUGUCGUUUUCUUAGUUGUAAUUAGGGAUUUCAAUCCGGAAAAAUGAAUCCGGUGUCAUCAACGUUUACUAGUUCUGGUACCAAUAUACCAUUGAUGAUAGCAAUUUUUGGAAAAUAUAGCGCUGUUGAAUGAAUACCUACGUACUUUAUAUACAGUCCAGUUGGUGAGCUUGUGUAGUGGUGGAUUACUUGUCUGCUAUUCAUGAUUAUUUCCUGACAAUUGAGCUGACAAGUGUAGAAGCUGAAAGGGCCUUGUUGACAGCAAGCUAAUAUAGUUCCAUUAGAAAUCGACUGGUGUAUGACACAAUUGACAUAAAGUAUUUGUUAUGUACGAUAUUUAAGAAAAAGAAAAUUAAUUAUAACUGAAUAACUAAAAUAUACUUUAAAAAUAAAAAAGUUAAAUGAGAUAAAGUUACAAUACAAGCUUAUAUUUAGCUAGAUUCAUCAAAUCAUGAUGCUGUCUGUCAUAAAUUUAAGACAAAUUGUACAUAGACACAAUUGGUCUAACUUCCGUCGACAGCAGGGAGAACAAUCAUUAUGUAAGACUAAUUUGUUAGCAUAUUUGUUUCUUAGGUUUUCAAGCACAUCACUCAUUAAAUGAAACAGUUUUAACUGGUUAUUAAUUUGUUAGCAUAUUCAAAUACUUUGAUAUUACUGUCAUCUCAAUUCUCAUCUCAAUAAAUUAUAUAUGAUUUAGAAUCAGAUACUUAUUACUGUCAUCUCAAUAAAUUAUAUAUGAUUUAGAAUCAGAUACUUAGUUCAAUUAUUUUAGUAAUUAUCUAAAUUAUAAAGUUACUUACUAAAGAAUUCAACUUUCUGAGAAUGUGAAAGCUAUGAAGAUUAAGUUGCCUAUUCAUUACGUAGUUAAAAGUUUAGGCCUUGUUUAGGAUUGAAAAAUUACGCCGGAUUGCAAUUCCUAUUUUUAUUAAAAUAAUGGUUAUAUUUUGAUUCAUCCUGUUUCAUAAUCAACAAUAAAUCAAUCCACUGGGAGUCCUACUCUCACGAUGUUUUUUUUGUGCAUAAGCCAUAGUUGACAGUUGUAUCGAUUCUGGCAUGAUUCUCUAAACUUAAACAGUGUAUCCUUGUCAUAUUCUAUAAAGCAUGAAAAGGAGAGACUAAUGUUAAAUUUAGUUCUAAGUUUAGAGAAUCGUGCCAGAAUCGCCAUCAGUUUCUAGCGCAACCCUCGAGCGCGUAGGAAUUAUAAGUCAAGUAAAUACAUGAGUUUGUCUUCUGUACUAUCUAUUUUUUGCUACUGGUGUUCGACACGUUGCCUUCCGCAUUUAACUUUUAAAUGGACAUGGUGCAAUUUAUACUAUGACUGCACUUGGACACUGUAAUAUUUAAAUUUCUAUAAUAUCAGUUUGCGUAAUUAAUAAAAGUUAGUUUCAAUAAUCAAUCUCUAGUAAAAGGUAAUGAUUGAUAAUCUGGUUCAGUUGCUUUCCUAGCAACGGUUGUUUUUCUUGAAUGCCUGUAUUUAUCUUAAUAAGGCCACAUUGUUUCUCACAUAGUUAAAUGUGACUAUGGUUAAAAUAUUUAUGAAAAGAUUACCAUUUAUUUUUCAAUGUUUUCCACAUGCUACUAUGUAUUUGAUGUGACAUGGACUAUAGUUAAAUUUUACUAUUUAUCAAACAACACAGCCUCUUUAAUAACGAUUAUAGCUAAGAAAGAGAGUCAGAUUAGUACUGGAGGUUGAUUAUUAAAAUUGACACUUUAAGUGCGGCUGUAAAUAUGACCAUGGCUAAUUAAUUUUUUUAAACUAUUUGGGCAUUACAAAUAAUAUUUAUCCACUAAGUCCAAUGUAGGUACUGUAGAAUAAUAAUUUAAUCAUUAUAUAACACUAUUUAUUACUAUUCCCAGUAAUAGAAAAAUAUUACGUUUUGUUGCUGCAGCUACUUCCGCCGUAAUUUCCGCGGAGGGCGUCGUGGUGGAGGCCCGGGGCCAAUGAACCGCGGCGGGUACCGCAUGCGCCCGCGCAACCAGGGCCCGGGGCAAGCUCCCGCUGGGCAAAACCAGGGCCAACGCCAGAAUGGCCAGGAAGGCGACGCACCCGCCACUGCGUCUUCACCACAGCCACCGCAGCAGGCUAAGCCCAAAACCAACAACAAACCUUCUGGCACUACAAUUGAAACAACUACUAAUGAGAGCCAGGCCUAAACACCUGCAGCCGCACUGUGUGGCACGCCCUUAUGUAGUACAUGUUAAUUCUAGCUGUGCCACACGUCCAUCGCAACUUACUGUCUUGUCUGUUCAACUGAUGAGUGUUUCGUUUCCACGUUGCAGACACUGAUAUUGAAGAUCUUCUUCGUAAAUUUUAAUAUCGAUUACUUUAUCUUGAUCGAAAUGUAUCAUGGGGGGGUUUAGUUGGCUUUCCACGCGAGUUGGAAUCAGUGGAAUGGUGUACAAUUAUAGAAAAAAUAUCUUGCACACCAUUCUGCUUACUCGCACGACUUGGUGGGACUCCAGCAUUACAAAGGAACUGCAGAGGUAUCAUGGAUCAAAGAUGUGAUAUAUUUAAUUAUAAAUUAAUAUAUUGUAUUAUUUAAUAUUUGUACUUGCAGUAUUUUAUGUUGUAUACCAUUACAUUGUGAGAAGUUUUUAAAACAGAUGAAAUUUAUCAAAAAAGAUAUACUUUGGUAUACAUUGUGUGGAUCAAAAUUUUAUCGCGUAUGGCAAUCGUGAUAUCAUUGUGCAAUUAAAUUUACUUAUAUAAAUUGAGAAAUGAUACGCAGGUUCCAAUGCCCCAAGAGAAGUAUUUUUUAAUAUUUUUUUUUUACUUUAAAAUUUUACAGUUGCAUAAUAUAACCAAGUUUUUUUUUGUAUAAUAUGAAAUUAUUAGUACUGUAACUUAACACUCUCAGAAAAAAUAAAUUUCUUUUUACCUGUGUGAAACGAUUUCAUUUUCUUUUACAACCCUCCAAAACCACUUACGCUAACACUUACAUUUAUCUUAUCGAUGAUUCUAUCCUCAGAAUCAGGACGCUAGUUAACGAGACUAUUUCUACCCGGCUCUAUGCACCGGUUGCACGGUUUUAAACUGUCUCCGUCCGGUCGUCAGUUCAGUACGGGACACUGGAGGUUUGUUAACGACACAGUCGUUAGCGACGGUUUGGACUCUGUACAAACCGUGAAAAAGCUUAGCCGACACUGAGCCGGGUAGAAACCGUGCAUAGACAUAGACCCAAGUGCCCUUAUAACUACUAGGAAGGCUAAUUACUGUCUAGUUGUGCUAGGCAGGUAUUCAUUGUUUGUACACCU